AAAAUAGUGCGAUUUUCACACACCAAUUGCAAGUUUAGAAAUCAGAAUUAUUCAUUAUUGGGUUUAUAUAACGUAACAUACAUAACACUUAUUCGUGCUUCUUAUUUCGUUUUUCUGCCAUUGUCCAUUAUAAAAAAUCGUGAUUUGAUUUUCAAACUCCAGCGAGUACGCGUGCGCAGUGCGCUUUUCACCGAGUUACGUCGGAGUUUAGGUGCAAUUGCAACUACUGCAAUGCAAGUAACCAGCCAUGGCAAAAACUAAAUCCAAUCGCCAAGAUGAAAUAGAAAAUGUUCGUGUUGUAAUUAGAGUACGUCCAUUAAGCAAAAAGGAAGAAAUUAAAGGCCAUCAGAACAUUGUAGUAGUAGAUCGCUCUGAAAAUGUGAUUACAUUAACAAAGCCAGACACUGUAAAUGGGAAAUCAAAAUCGUUUAAAUUUGAUUACAUUUUCCCAGAGGAUUGUACGCAGAUGGAUUUGUAUAGACUCAUCGCAUUGCCUAUUGUUGAGAAGGCAUUCCAAGGAUAUAACGGUACAAUCUUUGCUUACGGUCAAACGGGUACUGGGAAAACCUUCACAAUGUCAGGAGUUUCUAAUCAAAAUGAUUUGAAAGGCAUCAUACCGAACACAUUUUCGCAUAUAUUUACUCAAAUAUGCAGAGCAAGCGGCGAACGAUUCUUUGUAGUAACUGUGACAUAUUUGGAAAUUUAUAACGAAGAUGUACAUGACCUUUUGUCAUCAAAUCCUAAUUCAAAAUUGGAAGUACGAGAACGUCCCGAUGUUGGCGUCUACGUGAAAGAUUUAAUGGGGUUUACCGUUGAUUCUAUUGAAUCAAUCACGGAAUUAAUGAACAGAGGCAAUGCCAAUCGAAUGACUAGGUCAACUUUAAUGAACGAUGUCAGUUCGCGUUCUCACGCCAUCUUCACGAUCAAUAUUGAAGCUAAGGAUAUGGCCGAUAAUAAAACAACGAUAGGAAAAUUGAACCUUGUCGAUUUGGCUGGUUCGGAACGUCUGAGCAGGACUCAUGCUACCGGUGAUCGUUUAAAGGAGGCCAGCAAUAUUAAUCAGUCCUUGUCUGUACUUGGUAACGUUAUAUCCGCUCUUGUGGAGGGGAAGAGUAGUCAUAUACCUUAUCGGAAUUCGAAGUUGACCCGAUUGCUUCAGGACUCUCUGGGUGGAAAUUCAAAAACCGCAAUGAUUGCUAUGGUUAGUCCAUCUGAUGUUGACUAUGAAGAGAGCAUAUGCACAUUGCGAUACGCCAGCCGUGCUAAAUACAUUAAAAAUCAUGUUCGCGUUAAUGUAGAGACCAAGAAGGGUCUAAUUGAGGCCUUUGAACAUGAAAUUGCCGAACUUCAAAAACGAGUAGCCCAAAUAUCUCUCGCUGAAGAAAAAGUCAUAAAACUGAAGAAAAAAGAAAAAGAUAAGGCACAAAUCGAAUCGGUGUCCGAAGAGUUGGUAAAAACUGAAAAAGAACGUUCAGAUUUGCUUCAAAAGAUUACUGUCAUACAGAAGAAAAUUUUGGUCGGUGGAGAAAACUUAUUCGAGAAAGCGCAACAGCAACAAUUUUUGCUGGAAACGUCUUCUGCGGAAAUUGAAAAUUUAGAUAAAUCGCAACAACAACUGAAGGAAGCUCUGGAAAAGAAAGGCGCCGAACGAAUUGAUGUAGAGGAAAAAUAUUCUAGUCUACAGGAGGAAGAUAUAGCAUUAACAAAGAAGAUAAAAAAAGUUCAGUGUUUAUUAAACGACGUCAAAGAAGAACACGCCGAUAAAGAACACGAAUACCAAAGGGAAAUGCAAGCCUUACUCGAUACUAAUCGCCUGACCGUUCGUGAAAUACAAUUGGCCAGUGUUAUGAUAGAUUAUUACAUUCCGAAAGAAUAUUUGAAAAAGAUUGAACUUAACACCCAGUGGAACCAAGAUACGACCGAAUACCAAAUGAGGGGCGUUGCGUACACCGGUAAUAACAUGCGCAAAGCCGUAUCGGCGUUUUGCAGCAAGGAAAAACCAGUAAGACCGAAGAUGAAAACGGUCUAUCACUUAUACAACAUCAGCAAGAGUAAACAAAGAGCUCGAACCUCGUGGGUCCCACGUCCGAAUGGAAAUAGACAAAUGGGGUGUAGGUCUGCCCAAGUGAAUUAGGGUUGUUACCAUUUUUAUUUUUGUGGUAUUUUUAAUUGUGAUAAAAUUACCAAUUUCUAGUCAUUUUGCAAUUGGCAUGCACACAAUGCAUUUCAUUAUACCAGUAUUAAGUAGGCAGCUUUGUUGUAGCUAUUUUGUUCAUACAUAAAGGUAUUUUUAUGUAUGUGGUGAUCAUUAAGUUAAGUUUCACAGUAUUUGUUAGUGUUUGAACUUGUUCACCUGUGGUGUCAUAAUUCCAAUUUCAAAAUAAUAACUUAUUCUAGCAA